AUGGUGAAGAGGAGCGUUUUAAUAUUGCUGUUGUCUACAUUUUUAGUUCGAAGCAUUCAUUGUAGGCAAUUGGCGGAGAAUGGUAAAAAAGACUCUGAUUCAAAUGGCAGACAUAGUCAAAAAUAUGAUGGUUUUCAUGGUAUACAUUCUAUAGGAAGAUUGUCGGGCCAAAAAUACGGUUAUGUGCCUAUUGGACCUUUUAUAGGUGGAGGACCUGUACCAGAAUAUGGUAAUAUUCCUGGUGGGACACCAUUAACUGGAGGACCUGGACUAGGAUAUGGUGGUAUACCUUUAUUAGGAGGACCUGGCACCAUUGGCAUACCUUAUUCUAUAGGAGGAUUACCUGGUCAAGUAUACAAUGGUAUUCCAAUUGGUAUUCUUCCUGGUAUACCAUUGUUAGGAGGAGGACCUGACGCUGUUCCAGGUGUACCUGGUCAAGGAUAUGAUGGUGUUCCUGUCGGAUCUGGACCUGGAUACGGCGUUGUUCCUGGUAUACCCUUGAUAGGAGGAGGUGGAGGAAUUGGUGGAGGAGUUGGAGGAGGAAUUGGUGGAGUAGGAGGUGGUUUUGGAAAGGGAAUAAACGGAUGGGGAGGCGGCACUGGUGGUGGUGGAGGAUUUGGACUGGGUGGAGAAGGUGUAGGUGGAGGAUUUGGAGGAGGUGGUGGUGCCGGUGUUGGCGCUUAUGUUAACACCAAUAUGAUCAAUAGUAAGCAUCAUUGA